AUAACAUGGCUGCCGAUCAGAGGUUUUGUUGACAUUGUAAGAGGUGAUUGACAUUUGUGGUGUUAAUUCUGCUAAUUAACCAGUUUGUUUAACCCGCCACUGUUCCGACAUCGGACGGAUCGAGAAUAAUCAAGUGGCAGUGGUAACAUGCAUUUUGUGGCGUCUUCGAGAAGCCUGCGUACGGCGAAGUAGUUCCUGUCACCAAACCUACUAGAAUUUGGAGUAAGCAGACCCAUGUGCUACAGAUGAAGGUUACUGAGGAUAGAUAAAAUAACUGAGUUGAUGAUUUGUACGACCUGUAAAUAUGUGGGCAGUAUAUUUCCUUCUUGGUGUUCUACUAUUUACGAUUCCAGAGUGUCAUUCCAAGUUUAAAUCUGUAGUACAGUGUCCUGAGUUGGUGUCCUUCCUGAAUGGCGAGGUGAAGCAGGAUCUGUACAAUGGACAAAGGAAGUUCAAGUGCAACCCAGGCUACAAGAUGGUAGGGGAUGCCAAGCAAGUGUGUGGAGAAACAGGGCAGUGGCAGCCCCCUUCAGGGCCUGUUUGUGUGCAGGCUGUCGUACAGUCAGGUCAGUGUGUGUACAGUGGAAAACAUUACAACCAUGGAGAAGUGUUUAGUCCCAGGCUCUGUGUAACAUGCACCUGUAAUCAUGGGCAGCUGAUAUGUGAGAGACAGAAUGUGUGCCCACAGCUCACCUGCCCCAAGACGAGCCAGAUACAGGUGCCUGGAACAUGCUGCCCUGUCUGUAAAGAGCAUGCACGCAUUGGCCGUUGUCAGCCUCCACACUUUCUUAACGCGAAGAUCCGCUUUGACUCGUGGACCCCUGUCAACCAGUCCCAGAAGGCUACAGUGGUGUGUGAUCCUGGUUAUACUACUGUCACUGAGGGUUACAAGGAGAGCUUCCGCAUCACCUGCAGCAACAUCGGCCUAUGGAUCAUGGAGGACGGGAUAACUCCGCUGCCACAAUGCUUAAUGAAGCGGUGUCCCCUGGCCCCGACAGUGCCCCAUGCUGUGUAUCGGUACCGGUCUUACCCUCCUGUUGUGGGUGAGGGCUCCCAGAUCCUCUACAUCUGUAAUGCAGGCUAUGAGUUUGUGGAUCCCAGUGCCACCAACCUGACGUGUCAUCGAGGUGCAUGGAUUGGACCCAUCCCUCGCUGUGAUAAAUGCUGGCUACUUCACAAACUCACUGACCACAAAGAACAUCUUUGGCAGCUACUACAUUGGGUCAAAAAGGUGACCUACAAGUGCCAUGAUGGCUUCCAGCUGAUGGGCUAUGAAGUCCUCGAGUGUCUCAGCUCCAGUACCUGGUCCAGUAUCCCUCCCCAGUGUCUCCCAGCCGGAGAGACAAGUUUCUACUGUGAAAAUAUACGAAAUAUAAAUUACGGUCACUGCAAGUGUCAUCAGGAGACCAGCUCCGACCUUCAGCUGUGCCAGCCAUUCUACCGUGGGGUGGAGGUGGAGUGUGGGUGUAACACCGGCUACCACUUGGAGGGCGAACCCCUCCUUACCUGUGUCCAGAGUACCUCCAACCCAAUGGUUGGCACCUGGGACCAUGAGAUGCCCUACUGUGUUCCAGUUGAGCCUGGUGAUGUGGGGACAGUGGACACAUAUUCAACGGGGGACAUCACUGACAUGCGGAGUCACGUCAGCACCCUGGUCAUUGUGAUAGCCACUGCCUGCAGUGUCUUGGGAGUUUUGCUUCUCAUCAUGGUCAUCGUUGUGUUUCGACGCCGCAAGCCACGCCCGCACUUGUUCCAUCCUGGUACCACCCCACUCCCGUACUCCCGUGUCCACAGCGACUCUAUAGAUGAACAUGACAGGUUGGCACUGAUGGCUUAUGCUGAUGCAACCCGAGUCCACCUCCCAACAUACGACGAGGCAACGUCGGGGCACUGCAGACCAAGCGUCAAUCACCCACCGUCACAGCUGCCACAAACAAACCCCACCACUGAAUUCAGACCACUUCCUAGCAUUCCACCAACCCUGCGCACCAACACUGCUGUUGCCGGGGACAACACUAACAGACAUUCAACAGUGACAACAAGCACCAUCAACAGAGAUGGAACAUCUGAAAUAUUUGGAUCUCUAGAUACAGUCAACGUGAGCAUGAGCGAUGCCUCAACCUCGGUCACUGUGGAGACGUAUGACAGUGGUACCUCCAUGAGAUCUAUAGCAUCUCAAGAGGCAACUGCUGGCAGCUUCACUGCGUCAGAUGAUAACCUGGCAAAUGAGGAUGUACCGCUGCUGGAGAAUGCUGGGGAAAACAACACUGACACGUCCAGCGACAUCCUGCUGACCAAUCAGGAGCAGAAGGAGGAGUAGUUGCCAGGGCAACCUGUAGUGUGUCUGAGAUGUACAUAGCCUCACUCUGAGUGACAGCUGGGCGAGUGUGUGUGACAGCAGACAGAUGCUGUUAUGUGUGAAAUGUACAAGACUGUGUGAGACACUUGACACAGCACAUUGUGAAAUAUACAACAUACACAGUUUUGUGUAUGGUAGGUUACAGUGAAACGGGUGAUAACAGAACUACUUUGUUUACCAUUUGUUUACCGCAGUGAUGAAGCACACGUGGUUUGAUUGUGUAUUUAGACUCCGCCAAGGUGUCUGUUGCAUUUGACAUAUUCCCUAGGCCAUCAGCUUGUUGUGUUAUUAUGUGCUACGAUCUACAGACUCAGGACUAGGGGAUUCCCCUGGUAGCAGGGAGGUUGUUGUUCUGCCACUGCUUCAUGAUAAGGUGAAGGUGAGUUACAGGAAGGGUUAUAGUGCGUGACACUGCAGUUAUACAUGGGAAUGGGACGUCAUUCAUAGAACUGACUUAUAACCUUCCACUAAUACAAAUAGUACUGGUCUGUAAUGUAUGUCAUCAGCAUUUGUAGGUUCAAACAAGGCAAAUUUUUUUUAUACAAUGUAAGCAUAAUGUUCCGGUAAGUCAUGUUUUAUUUCCCAGAGGAUGAGUGAUCUCAAGAAUAAGAUGAAUUCCUACAUUCAGCAUACUUCGGCUAUCUAUGUAAGUGGUAGUUGAAAAAAACGAAAGAAAUUCUCUUGGUUAUGUCGUGAGGUAGCGCAAACAUUUAGAAGAUUACUAUCAAUGUUUGUAAAGGGAGAAAGGUAACCAACUGUAUAAACAGAACCCUGAUAAUGUGUCUGGGCAUCAGGGCGUCAGUACAUUGUCCACCAAUUUCCUCUUACCGUAUUUCUCCACGAAAAUAUGUUUUUUUAUUUUGUUCAUGAUCAUAUCCAACAUCUGUUUGGGAAUCUACCGGUAUGUGACACAGCACAAAUUCAUCAGUCAGAUCCUAUGUCUUAUAAAUAUGUGAUGGGCAUUUUGGCAACUGAGGUAUUUUGUUACAAUGCCAGUAUGUGUGUAUGUAUGCAAGAUUAAUCAUGUUAUCAGAAUCAAAUUGCUAAGUAAGAAACCAGUUGAAUAUCCACAUGGAUCUGUGUCAUAAGGAUGUUUUUUGUUUUAGAGAUACAAAUAGUCCAACAUCAUCUACAAUGAUGACUGUAGGGCAAGGCAACCAAGGCAACUAUGGCUGUGUUGCUAGACCAUGUGGACUGCAGAAAAUCAUAUCAGUGGGUCGGCCACAUUAACAUGGGUUACCCAUUAUGGAUUUUCGAUUCCAUUCUUCCCAACCUGCAGAGUCACGUAGGGGUGUGAAGAAGUCAUCAGAGGCACAUUAAAUAAACUUUUCCUUGUGUUACCAUACCUCUCUAUAUGAUGAUCUGACAAACCAGAUCACCUCAUGUGAACCCAGAAUGAACUUGACCUGCCUGUUGGACAAAGUUUGACCUGUCCAUGGCAGUUGGUUAAAUCAUUUGGCUUCCUUUCAUUCACAUCUCAGUUCAGAGAAUUGAUCUUAACAAAACAAACUCUUGAAAAAAGAAAACCCUCAAUUUUCAUAUAGUACACCGUUUUCAGUGAACAUGGUAUAGAUGUGCUCAACAUGGUGUAUAAACUAUCCACUGUAAUAUAACAUUGCUGCUGCUUGAUCAGGUUAUCUUGUUUGCUGUGAUACAGAAAGCAGAUAUACUGCUCGGAAUCUCUGCUCACUCAUUCAUACUGAGAAUUUAGAAACUUUGAUUGCUUGAUUCAUCGGAUGCUACUGUCAGAGAGAUAUUGUGUUGCGGUAAUAUCCAUGUCCCAGUGCCCACUUCCUGCUGUCCUUGAUAGAGGUAGAUUGGUAAACCUUUCAGGGGACCAUCCAGGAGGCUGUGGCACCAGUCACCCAUGGAGAAAACACCAGUUGACACUUGGUGCAUCAUGCCUGACCCAGCUGUUGGAGCAUUUGCAUAAUCAGUCUCAGAUCUAUAGAUAUAGAUGAUGAUUCGCUCAGGUCUGGAGUUAAUUUGGGUCCAAAAGGAAUUGUCAAAGUAUGUUGAAGUUGGCUUUGUAGUAAAACCAUGUAAAUACUUCCUUGAACCCAUUGGACACAUUAUUUAUCUUUAUCUGAUAUUUAGUGUUAUUUACUGAAACCCGUGGCAUUCCGCAAGGAGUCUGAUACACAAAACUAUAGAUGAGUUUAUUUACAUUAUGCAUUAUAUUGCAAUAAUUUGGGCCUUGAGGAAACCAUGAUUGAUGAGAAUGUCUCCCUAUUACUCGAUACCAUACAUCUAUUGACAACUGGAGCUUGCUGGCAUGUUCACUGCAGAAUACCGGUAAUCAAAAGCCUUCUGAAGCACAAUUUUGUUACAUUCCUGUUUUUAUUUGUGUCAAUUCUUGUGCUAUUUGGCCAGUGUUUGUUAUUUUGAGGCGCUACUGACUUCCUUCCCUGAGUUAUCUUAGUGUCUGGGACUAGCCGGGUAUAGGAGGUAGGGUUGGGAUGGGUAGCUUGGAUGGGAUGGGUUCUGAUUGGGACCCAGGGAGUCACAGGACUACGUAGAUAGUUCCUUAGUCAUGUGAUGUCUAGUUUAAUGACAAUAACAAGGGUACACCACAAGUCGCUAAAUUCUUUCUGACUAUGCUUUUAUUCCUUCUGACUUUCAAGGCUUCAGCAAUGUUCAGGCAACUUCAGUGUAUGUAUGUACAGAUCAUUAAGAAUAAAUACUCUGACUAUAAACCAACAGACAUCCUGAUUUCGGGUCAGUCAGACACUGUGAAACCUCGGAAUAAUUCUGGAUUUGGAGCUUGAAAAUUUAAAUUUGGAGGAGCAGAUUGUUUUUGUCUCUUUCUUAGUUGUAAGGUAUCUGAAAUGUGAGUCAUUUCACUUAUCUUGAGUGCAAGGUUAAAGUAUAUUCACUUAUUUUUCCUGAAUCAAAUAUUUACCCGAUUUUAUUCCAUGGGCAUUGGCAUCUAGUCAGUAACAUUUAGUUCCCAAGAUAAAAUGAGGAACCAUUCUAAGGAUGCUCUCUGUAUAAUCGAUAAUGUUCCAUGUUGGAUGUUUCAUCAUAACUGGUGGUUGAUUAUAUGGUACCAGAUUCGUUCGAAGUAAUACAGAUAUUACAUGUCACUGAACAUGUUCUUUGUGGUGAUUGUAAAGUCUUGUGUGUGUUUUAUUUCUUACCCUCCUUUGUCAGGUGAGUAUUUAUUGUUUUUGACAAUUUGAAAUGUAAGUGUUUACCCACGCAGGUAAAUGGUACCUGUAACCUGUCAGUCACUGUUACCUGUGGUCCUCUGCCUGGGAGGGUCCCUCCCUUGUGAAGUGCCCUGUAUUGACCAUAUAUUGAAGCCAGUAUGGCAGGUACCUUACUGUAGACAAUCGUACAUGCAGCAGUAGGCUCGCAAUGAGAACAGGUGAAGGAAGUGUUUUCUGCCAUGUACAGACAUGUUACUGAAAUGUUGUUGUUUAGGUUUUAUGUGAUAGCUCAUGGUACAUUGUGUUGUGUAUGCAGGAUUUCCACAGGCCAGUAUCUCUACUUUUAAAGGUUAACAUCGAAAUAGAUAUAUCUUUUUUCAUGUUUCCCAGAUCAACAAAAGAAAACCGGAUGCUAUGUAUGUAUGGUAUGAAGCUAAAAGUUUGAACUACACAACUCAUCAAUUCCCCUAUGUGUUGCUUUCUUGAAAAGCAGCUCGGAUUUCGCUUGUCAUCUCAAAUUGUACCAAUGGAAUUUGUUUGGGCUCGUUAGUUUAAUACGUGUCAUUUUUCAGGGAGAGAGGUCACCAUCUUUGAAAUCAAAUUAGAAAUGACUAUCUACGGUAUCCCACCAAUCUCCAGUGCUAUUGUGUUCUCCACUUGAGUGUGUUUGUACUGUAUAGUGUUGUCAGUUAAUGUGUAGUCCUCCACGUGUGAUGGCCGCUGUUUGAUCAUCCAUUUGCUAGUGUUUAUGUAGGUAUAUCAUGGCCUUUCAUGUCUACUUGUUGAUUUAUAUAAAUGCCAUCUUUUGUCUCUAGUAAGGUUUACAGGAGGAAUUUUUGUCUGGUUGUUUCAACUUUUAUACUUCAGUAUUUAAUGUACAAUAUAGUUUAAGAAGGAAUUUUGUAUUUCUAGAAACAUCCGAUGUUGAAAUAAAUGUUAAAGUUUGUCUAAAUGUGCUGAGGGUGUGGUCAGGUACCAGCCUCUCACAGGUGAAAAGGGGUUUUUUCUUGAUAAGUCUAGAUCUGCUCAGGACACAUGUCUUCCACAUGGCCACAGUUACACGUUGUAACACUGUAGCUUGUUGUAUAAUUAAUCAGAAUCAUGUGUAGCCAAUACUUUCUGUUCUCCUGUAGUCUGAUACACCCUGUACACCAGGAUCUACUGCUGUACAAGUUCACAGUAUGUAAACCUCUUGGUUUUAGUGUUUGGUGUUAUUAAUUGAUUGAAAGGAAAUAUGAAUUGAUUUAAUGUGAUAUAUGUACAAAUUUAUGCUGUAAGAUUAAAUUGAGCAGGUUGUUUAUAAAAUGAAUAGAUGAUCAUUGUAGCAGAAUUCCAACUGUGUCAUAAAUUCUGAAAUGUGUUACUGAGUGAAACAAAGGCACCUCUGUGAUAGGUCCAUGGGACGUUUUGUACAGGUUGCCUAUGUCCAGCCAAUGGACAUAGGGAAAUGCUACUUUCCUUCAUAUACUCUUUACUCCACAUUUCUCAGCCACUAAUUAUUAUUAUUCAUAUCUGUUUCCUCUCUGCCUGUAUGUAUUUCACCUGUUGUAUGUGCAGCUCCUGUGUACCUGAUGUACAGGUCUCCUCGGAGGGGAGAAGUGACAUUUCUACCCUUUGUUAUGCAAAUGUUGUCAAGCUUGAUUGACGUGCAUUUUCAUCUAGCCAACCCCCAGCAAUACAUUCUAAUGGUUGUUGAGCAUUGUAGUGCACCUUAUAGUGUCGACUUCCUCAUUUAUAUAUGUAAAAUAAAUUAUGUCAUUUUUAAA